GAUAAUAAAUAAAAAAAAUAUGAAUAAUAUUAUUUCGGUUAAAGAACUUCUAGUAUUAACCAGUACAGAGAAAAAUUCAGUUAAUUUUGGGCAGAUGUAUAUAAACCUUACAUAGUCACUGUUAGCUAUAGCGCUACUAAUUUUAUCAUAUGCAAAAAAAAAAUUAAAUAUGUGAAUAAUUAUAUAAGGUUGCAAAGGGCACUCAAGUGUUUUCAUAUUAUUAUAGACUACUAUGGUUAAUAUAACCUAGAUUUAAGUUUAUGUAUAUAUUUUUAUAAACACUCCAGUACCUUGUUCAUCCAAAGGCCAAAUCAUUAUUUACAUUCUACCGAUGUAGUUCAAUACUGUAACCUUCUCCCAGUUGAGCAUCUACUGCCCUCUAUUGGCGAGUUUUCCAACCAGUAAAACCCUUAUGUUGCCAUGGCAACGCGUGUUUGCAGGAGCUCCACUACGCUUCCCGAUAUCGGCAAACGACAUACUGUAUAUAAAAACCAUGCCGCCAAAAAAGAAAGGCACGGGUAAAAAGUCAGCCAAGGUGAAGAAGUCUGCUGCACUUCUAGAUGGACUCACCAAGGACGAGCUGUCCAAGGAGCAGAUGAUUGAUCACAUUGUCAUGCUGCGAGAGGAGCUGGACAGAGAGCGGGAAGAGAGGAAUUACUUCCAGCUGGAGAGGGAUCAGAUCCACUCCUUUUGGGACGUGACCAAGAAGCACCUGGAGGAGGCUGUGGCCCAACUCAGAAAUGAAGAGAAGAAGAUUGAGGAAGAUGAGGGACGCCACCUUGUUGAGAUUAAAGUGUAUAAGCAGAAAAUGAAGCACCUGCUGUGUGAGCACCAAAACACUAUGGCUGAGCUGCAAGCAGAUCGUGUAACGACUGCUGAGGCCAUGCACAAAGAGCAAGCCCAGCUGGAGAGGGAGCUUCAUAGGAGGAUAGCGACCAUCAGGAACGACAUGCACGGGUUCGACAUCGAAAACCUUGUCAGUGAGCUGGAGCAAAGACACAAUGAAGAAAUGGCCAAAACAAAGAAGAGCUGGGAGGAUCAACUGGCAGAAACGGAGGCCCGCUACAAGGAAAAGCUGGAGCUGUUGCAACAGGAGCUGGACAACAUGAGGAAAAAGGAAAUCAUCGAACGAGAGGAUCAGUGCAACAGUCACAUCAGCGCUCUGACCAAAGACCACCACAAAAUAUUUGGUGACGCACUCGCGCUCCUCAAUCAAACCAUAGAACGAGAUUUGUAUCGCAAUGAUUCAUUGAAGAAACAAAUAGAAGACUCAAAGAUGAAACAAAAAGAAAAGAAAAAGAAUCUGACUUGUAUUCUACCAGAAAACAAGCGGCUCAACAAACAUCUCCUCGACAUCCAGGAGAAAACUGCUGAACUUCAGCGAAAGAUGAAGCAUCCCAUACGAAAAGAGGAUGCCAAUGCAAGGAUGAAAGAAAAGGAGCUAAGAGAUGAGAAACAGAAAUUAGAGAAAUUGAAGCAGACAUUCAGCGAGCUUCAGCGGGAACGAGACGAGCUGUGCGCAACCUUCAAUCGGGACAUUGAGAGUGCUCAGCGGGAAGAGGAUAAAAAGAACGCAAAGCUGGAAGAGAAAGUGAAGGACAUGAUGGACAGCUUGGAGACAACAGAGGCCAAGAUCUCUGCUGUGGUUUUGGUCCCCAACGUGGACCAAACUGCACUCAAAAGUGUCACAAGCAGUGUCGAGGACAUGAUCGACUCCAGCAAUAAAUCUAUUAGGGAUUUACAACACAAAAUAUCUCAGAUUUCCAAGGCCCGUCAGGAUUUACUGUUCAGGUUUGAGAAAAAGCAAAGAGCUCUCGGUGUCCCUGUGGAGCAACUUUGUGUGACAUAUACCUCAUUUGGGAAUAAAUUUUGGGUAUAUGAGGAGCUUUAAAUCAAAUGACUGAAUCCAGACAGCCGAUCCAACGUAUAGUCUGUUUUUGGUUGACUUGAUGAAUUGAACGAAAUUAAAUACUAUUGAACUUUCAAGUAUUUCCUUUGUCACAUAUUCUAAAUAUCGUUUGUCUUAAAUAUUUGGCCAGCCUAAUUUUUAUGAAUAGACAAAAUAUUAUUUUCAGUCACCAGAUGGUUUAUUCGGGGAAAAAACAUCAAAAAAACCAAAUGUAUAUGCUUUUUGUAAACCUAGUUGGUCAAUAUUUGUCUAUCCACACUUUAAAAGUUUUGGGACACAUGACCCUUAUGGGAUGCAAAAAUUAUGUUGACCAACCUUUAUUGAGACAAGGCACAUAUUUUACAUUAGAAAAAUCUCACGGCACACCACCAACCAAAUAUGUCUCAAAAAGUAUAUACAAUACAGCUUAGUAAUUGAAUGAUGAUAUUGUCUCAAAUUACUCACAAAUUUACGUACUGAGUCCAAACUUGGGACCUGUUCAGUGGAAUGCAA